AUGGCUGCUACGAAUAAAAGUAAAAGUUCAAAAAACGUUAAAGCAAAAAAUGAUAAAGAAUCAGUAAAUAUUCCAUGUAACCGUUUUGAGAUUUUCUUCUGCGUUGGUAUAGCUGAAGAAAGUUACGAUUUGGUUAAGGUUGAGAUAUGUGAAGCAUUAAAUCUUAAAUUGAUGCAAUUGGAAAGAAGCUUGAUGGCAAUGAGAACAGCAAAAGAUUCCAAGGUAAAGAUCGGUGAAGAAAGUGCUGGGAUUAAAAACGAGAUGAAGAGAUUAUUCGCCACUGUCGUUAGUAAAGAAAGUAUGAGUUGUAGUAAUAAAGCUUACACUAAGGAAUACAAAAAACGCAGCGUUAUAUAUGAAUAUUUCACACGAAAUAAUGCAGAAAAUGCUACGUGCAAUGUAUGCCAAAAGCAAGUGAAGGCUCCAACGGGAAACACUUCGAACUUGAAGCAACAUUUGCAAAAUACGCAUUCAAGUUUGUCUGAAGAACUAAAUGCCAAAAAAUCUUGCGUUGAAGAAUCGAAAAAAAAGGUGCGUUAA